UGCAGCAACACUAUGUCUGAUCCUUUAGGUCCUGGAGACACUGGCCAGGGCUACAUCGCUGGUUAUCCACCUCAUCCAGAUCAAGGUCAGAUUCACUAUCCUUAUCCACCAGAGUCGAGCGGACAACCUGCUGUUCCUCCCAACCCUGGCUUUUAUCCUGAGUAUCAAAACCCUGUCUACCCUCCUGCCUUUGGACCUGGACUUCCCCCUGCUCAGCCGCCCCAGUGGAAUGCCCCUCCAACCCACUACAACCCAUCUGCACCUGUGUCUCAACCGUCUGAUAGGACCAGCAUUUCUAUGGAUAUCCUUAACUCCAGUGACUCUGGUGUCAAGUUUGACGUGAACAAAGGAAAGUCUUCUGGCAGCAACUUCCUGUAGUUACUCCAAAUUCCUGAAUUAUCCCUGCACGUGAUGUAGAAACAAACACUUGUUUGUUAGAUUCAUACAAAA